AAGAAAAGACAGCAAGAUUUGGCAUUUCAAGACUGGCUGACCAAGAACCAGCGAGAAAUCACUACAGCUUCCAAGGCAGAUCUGGAUCGUCAGCUCGACAAGUUAUCAACUAUAAGUCUCGUCAGAGAUAGCUUCCACCAAAAGAUCAUCACGAGCCCUCGCGAGUACCAAGUUGAACUGUACGAGAGAGCAAGAGAAGAGAAUACAAUUGUCGUUCUUGAUACAGGUUCCGGAAAAACAUUAAUUGCAGCCCUUCUCAUGCGACAUGUUCUCCAAACAGAGCUGGAAAAUCGCGCCGAAGGCAGCGAGCAUAAGAUUGCCUUUUUCCUCGUGGAAAAGGUUGCAUUGUGUUUUCAGCAACAUGCCGUUCUGACCACCAACCUCGAGUUCCCUAUUGGCAAGUUUUUCGGCGAAAUGACAGGCGUAGUUAGAUCUCAAGAAUACUGGGAUCGCCAAUUUGCGGAAAACAUGGCCUUUGUGUGCACAGCACAGAUCUUACUCGACCUCCUGGCUUGUGGGUUCAUCUCCAUGGGCCAGAUCAACCUGAUGGUCUUCGACGAGGCACACCAUGCAAAGAAAAGUCAUCCUUAUGCCCGUAUCAUCAAAGACCAUUAUCUCCGCUCACGAGAUGAACGGCCUCGUAUUCUUGGUAUGACAGCAUCGCCCGUUGAUGCCUUGACAAAGGAUGUCCGGUAUGCCGCCGCUGAAUUGGAGAGCAUGCUGUGCUCCAAAAUCGCCACCAUCUCCGACGAAGCUUUGAUGCAAAAUCCCGAAUUCUCAAAGACGAGGCUUUGUGAUUUGAUAUCGCGCUGUGUCCGCAGCAAUCCUCAAUUCAGAAGACAUCUGGAAUUUGCAGCCAGCGCAUCCUCAAUCUUGGGGACAUGGUGCGCUGACCGCUACUGGCAACUCCUAACCACAGACAACGAGAUGCUUAGAAUCGAAGCAAGGACUGGACGGGAUAACUUGGAGCUCGAUGUCUCCGCUGGCGAUGAGGCGAUGGCGGCCAUCGCUAAAGUGAAAGGGAUUAUCCGGGACCAUGUCUUUGGGCCCAUUCAGGCCGGCUCGCCAGAACUUUCGUCCAAAGUAAAGACGCUUUAUGAAGUCCUUGAAGAUGCUUUCUGUAAGCGGCAAGCAAAGAGAUGCAUUGUAUUCGUGGAAGCACGAUCAACUGCCUUUCUUCUAGCAGAUCUGUUUCAGCAGCCGGGGAUGGAGAUUCCUGGAAUGAAGGCGGCUUACAUGAUUGGUUCUCAUACUUCCACCGCCAGCGCUGCCUACAUGUCUUACAGGGACCAGAUAAUGUCCCUACAAAAAUUUCGGUACGGUGAAACGAAUUGUCUGUUUGCAACAUCGGUUGCAGAGGAAGGAAUUGAUAUACCAGAGUGCGAUGUUAUUAUCCGAUUUGAUCUGUACACAUCUGCGAUUCAAUAUAUCCAGUCCAAAGGCCGAGCGCGACAAAAGUCGUCUCUUUAUGUCAGCAUGAUGGAAGAGGGAAAUCUGGAGCAUAUGCGUAAACUACGACGGGCAACCAGGGAUGCUCAUGCACUGCGACAGUUUUGCUCUGCAUUACCGGAGGAUCGCAAAGUUCCGGAUUUUGUCAUUGGCCCUGAUGUGUUGGCUGCUCAAGAACAAGUGACUCAGAAGAGGUAUACUGUCGCUGGAACAGGCGCUCAGCUUACGUUCAUCACGAGCUUGGAAGUGCUGGCCAAGUAUGCCUCGUCGUUUCCAAACAAUGCUAUAGACGGACUGCUGCCCUUGGAAUACAUUGUCACUUCCAUCGGCAAGAAGUUCGUUGCCCGAGUUAUCCUACCAGACGCGUCUCCGAUCAAGAUGUUUCCAGGAGAAGUGCAAAAGAGCAAGCAGUUGGCAAGAUGUUCAGCUGCCUUUGAAGCCUGUGUACACCUGAUCGGCAAAAAGUACAUAAAUGGAAAUUUACAGCCGGCAUUUACCAAGAAAUUGCCCGACAUGCGAAACGCGAGGCUGGCGCUUUCAUCAGACAAGAAGUCCGAGUACGAUAUGCGAAUUAAACCUGAUUUCUGGUCUUCAUGCCUUGCUCCAGAGCCGCCGACUAGUUUGUAUCAGACGAUCAUUGCCCUUGACCAGCCGGAAGCUCUCGGCAGGGCAUCUCGACCUCUGAUCCUCUUGACUAGGAAGCCACUGCCUGAUAUACCAAGCACCCCGUUAUUUUUUGGUGGCGGUCAGACGUCGAUUAUGCGCCUUUCUAAUUCCCAAACUUCGUUUGAAGUGUUGCCUCACGAAAUAGAGGCGCUGGCGAGUUUCACUCUGAGACUCUUUGCUGACGUUUUUAGCAAGGAAUAUGAUGCCAAGUCGCAUGAAAUUCCAUAUUUCGUUGCUCCCAGCAAGCUCUCGCCAAGCCGCGGCGAUGACGCCGAGAUUGACUGGGAGGCAGUGCAGUAUGCCCACGAUAAUGAGCAACUCCGUUGGGAAAAUGCUCCAAGUGAGUUCUUUAAAGACAAACUCGCCACGGAUCCGUGGGACGGAUCCCGAAAGUUCAUCUUGCAUGGCAUCAAUGCAGAGCUAAAGCCGUCUGAUCCAACGCCAAAAGGCGUUCCGCAACCAAAAAGUCUGGGGUACAGAAAGGUUGAGCAAAACAUCAAAGAAUACAGCAACAGCCUUUCUAUCAAGUCGAGGCAGAGAAGAAACUGGAGGAAUGACCAGCCAGUCGUCAAUGCAGAGCUUCUUCCAAUACGCCGAAAUUUCUUGGACGAGUUCUUUGUAGACGACGAGUGCGAUGGUACUUGCUAUGUCAUCCUUGAGCCUCUACGCGUGUCACCGAUCCCAGUAGAUGUCGUCUCCAUAGCCUUGGUUUUACCGGUAGUAAUAUAUCGAGUCGACUCAGUCUUGAUAGCUCUUGAAACAUGUUCUCUGUUCGACCUGGCCAUCUGCUCUGAUCUUGCCCUCGAGGCAGUGACAAAGGAUAGCUUCAACACGGAAGAACACGGCGAACAUCAAAUCGAUUUCCAGCCUGGAAUGGGCAAAAAUUACGAGCGCCUAGAGUUUCUUGGCGAUACAUUCUUGAAGAUGGCCACGACCAUUUCUGUCUACACUAUUGCCCCCGAUGCAGAUGAGUUUCAUUAUCACGUCGGGCGAAUGAUGAUGCUGUGCAACAAGAAUCUAUUUGAGCAUGCUGUGGAGAAGGGCAUGCCUGCCUACAUCCGCACUAAAGCAUUUGACCGUCGGACGUGGUAUCCGAGUAACAUGACGCUGAAGAGAGGCAAGGCGGCCAGAACGGAGACCAAGCAUUGUCUGUCGCACAAGUCUAUUGCAGAUGUUUGCGAGGCCCUCAUUGGAGCAGCUUACAUGACAAGCACCACCGAGAAUAUGGACAUGGCGGUCAAGGCCGUUACAGCCAUGGUCUGCUCUGAACACCACACAAUGCUUGAGUACAAGGAUUAUUUUGCAACGUUCCAAGUCCCGAAGUGGCACGGCAAUCAUGUAUCCGCCGCACAGCGCCUCACCGUGGACAAAGUGGCCGAAAUCACGGGCUACCGCUUCCAGUGUGCACCUCUUGCACGCAGUGCCUUCCGACACCCAUCGUACGUGUUCGAGACCAACAUUCCAGACUACCAACAGCUCGAGUUCUUGGGAGACGGGCUGCUGGACAUGGCAGUUGUAGACUUUCUGUUUAAGCGGUUCCCCGAAGCAGAUCCAAAGUGGCUCACGGAACACAAGACGGCCAUGGUGUCGAACCAGUUCCUCGGCUGUCUCUGUGUCAAGCUUGGUCUUCACAAGCAUAUCCUAUUGGCCACAUCUGCUCUCCUUGGCGACAUCGGGAGGUACGCAACGCAGCUUGAGCAAGCUGAGGAGAUUGCUCGGCAGAAAUCCCAGGGCGGCGAUCUGGGAUAUACUUCCGGCGGAUGCUUCCAAGCUGGAGCUCAACCUACCCCCCAGGAUUUCUGGAUCGAGGUGCCACAGCCCCCAAAAGCUCUAGCUGACGUCGUUGAAGCCUUGGUAGGGGCCAUGUUUGUUGACUCGGGAUAUUCCUUCUCCGUCGUACUCAACUUUUUCACCAAGUUCAUCCAACCCUUCUUUGAGGACAUGGCGUUAUACUCGUCGUUUGCCUCGAAUCACCCUGUCACGGCCCUAGCACACAGGCUCCAGACCGACUUCUGCUGCACCCAGUGGAGGCUUCAUGUGGCCAAUGUGCCAGUACCCAUGGAGGCUGGUUAUGCAGUGAUGUCUGACAACGAGCUUCUCUGUGCGCUCAUGGUACACGGCAAGGUGAUUGCCCACGCUACAUCGUCGAAGAGCGGCAUGGCGGCCAAGGUGGCGGUUGCAAAACUAGCGUUGGAGAAACUCGCACUUAUCCAAGACGCGGCCCAUUUUAGAGGAGAGAUGGAGUGUGAUUGUAGCGGCGGC